UCCGAAGUUUAAGCGCGUUCCUAUCAUUUCCCACAUUAUUGGUUUGGAUUAUACUUCAAGUAAACGUGUUCGAGCAACUGGAAUCUCUCCAAAUCUCGACGUCGUUUGGUUCAGUUUACGCGGGAUUCGUUAAUUGUUUUAUAUUAAAACUAACAUGGAAGAUUUUUCGUGCAGAUUAUCGUGUUUGAGUAUAAUAGUUGAUGAUGUGGAUGAUAAAAAAAAUAGUUCUCAAGCUCAAACAAAAAAUGAAACUCGCGUCUCCGGCAAACCUGAAACUACCCUACAUAAUGUUGAAAACCCUUACCCCAAGCAAGUAUUAGAUGAUGCAAUUCGAGACAUUUUAAAAGAGGCGGAAUUGAGAAAAUUCGAGUUCAGGAAACUUCUCGAUGAACACGAUGCUCUAGUAGAGAAUCUCAAAAAAAUGGAAAAUGAUCAACCCAAUAGGAGGAAUUUCAUAAAUAACGUUGCCAAAUCACCCAUAUCGGCGUGAUCGCAAAGAAAAAAAAUACUAAGUGAUAAUUUAUUUUAUUUCAUCAAAAGACCCUUACUUUCAAAUAUUAUUUAUUAUAAAUUAAGGUAAUUUUCUAAUAAAUAUA